AUGUCAACUGAUCUUCGGUAUGAAAUCGCUCUCGCUGAAUGCCAUUCCCUACGUCAACAACUGAAAAAUGUCUAUGGUAAAUGCUCGGAUAUUUAUGAAGCACUCGCCAUUCUUGACGAGCAUUCCACGAAGGAACGAGAUGUGUUGGAAAAACUCGUACGGGAUUUAAAACAGACCAUUCAACAUGAACUAACUAAAAAUGAGCAAUUAUCGGUUGAAAAAUUACAAAUGGAAAGAAAUGAAGAGCAUUUCAAACAAGAAUUGCACAAUAAAACGGAAGAUUUGAAAAAAAUCACGGUCAAAUAUCGUCGAAUCUAUGUGAACCAGCAACAAGAAAAAUACAUUCAAGAACAUCUUACGAAACCUAAAACGAAGAAAUCACGUUAA